UGUUAAUGUGGUGGGGGUAGAACCCAUCGUAAAAUAACGACGGUUAAUUGUAAUUUAUUCACAUUCGCUAAAUGUUUAUUGUUAAAUUUAUACAAUUAUCACAUCGUAUACGUGAAAAUAUAAUUUCGUGAAAAGUUUACAAUUUAUUUUUUAAAUCUUGUAUAGAGGAUGUGUGAAGAAAAUCCAUAUUUUAUGAGCAACACGUUGUCGAGAGAAAACGUAACCUCACAAAUUUUGUAGAGCAUACCCGCACGAUAAUUUUCUCGUGUUUUACCAAAAAAAUGGUCUUACUCUUCAUUUAAUUUUUAUAUUCUAUAAAAGUUUUAAAGAAUUUUCUUUAAAAUGAGUAACUUUCAUUCUCCUAUGAAAUGCAUUUCUCCUAAUGCAAGGAUUUUAACAGCAAAACCACAAGUGGAACAAACUUUGAGUCUUAGACAUUCUCAAACAAAAGCGAAAAAUAGUAUAACAUGGUUUUUCAUCAACACAACUUUAUUAGCAAUUGUUGUAUUUGAUAUUUUGUAUGGAGGAAUAGCAUAUAAACCAUUUUCUUGGAUAGAAUGGUUUUUAGCAUCAAUUUUCGCUUUAAAUGCCCUUUAUCACAUUUUCUCAUACACGGCAACAACUUGGAGUAUUCAAACAGUUGUCUUGAGUUCACCACAAAGGAAAUUAUUAGGCAUUGCAGACGAUGAUCCAUUUUUCAAAACUGAAACAUUAAAAACUCCAAAAUCUAUCGAACCAAAUUCAUCUCUAAAUUUAACCUGCAUGAAUUUAAGCAGGAAUUCCAACAGUUUAGGAUCUCCGAUACUUAAUGAAAGUAAAGACUAUUCUAGUUCGAAUCCUUUUUGUAAAUAUGGAAAUUCUCCUACACCUAGAAAAUUAUUGAGUGCAAAUAGUUCUCUCAAUAAAUCUCUCAAUACGUCGAUGAAUUCAAGUUUUGCGGGGGAAGAUUUUAUACAAGAUGAGACAGAAUUACAAAAUUACUUGAAAGUAGUUGUUAAUAAGGAAAGAAAAUCAACUCAUUCGACAAACGUGGAUCAACCAUCAAAUCUAUUGAGCUCAUUUUGGUCUCAUCCAGCAACACGAAGUCCCAGAGAAGUCUCGCCCAUGUUAAGAAGAUGUGCCUAUCAACUCGCACCCACAGUUGAUAAAUCUAAAUCAGCUAGUCCUGGAACAGAGGAAGGAAAUAUGACACGAUCAUUUGGUUCACCAGAUGUAUGGAGAAAGUAUCGAAUAGAUGCUGUAAAAGUAAAUCAAUGGACAGCAAAUCUUCGCAUGUGGAUCAGUAAAACGGUAGUGGAAAGAGUUGCAAUUGAAAUUGACAACGUAUGCGCUGGUCUUGUUCGUCAAGGUCUUAGUGAUUCUCAACCUGGUCAUAUAGGACUGGAUAAACUCAGAAAAUUGGCACAAUCAUUUCUUGCUUCUGCAAUUCCAACUCUUCCAACUUUGGUCCCUUUUCUGGAACUCUGCAACAAUCAGGAUUAUUUAGUGAACAGAAUUAAAGUUCUUUCUAAAGGAGGAUCUAUGAGUGAAUUUAAAUGGAAUGGUGGAGGCUCCUAUAAUGGAAAAGAAUGGGACUCCAGUUUACCAACAGAUACAGCAAUUAUAAUGCAUCUGGUUUCAACUUACAUGGAUACACAAUUAGAAGCUCCCUUGGAUCAACCAGACGCUCGUCCAUUUACCUCAAGAUAUACGGCAAAAAGUGGAAUGGAAUUACCUCGAACUAAAGGACCAAUAAUCGUUUGUCAAUCUGUAAUUCCUCCUAAUUAUUGCUUAGCACUUUCUGGUGAUUCAUUAGCUGUUGAUUACGAAGAAAUUCCAAGGGGAAGGAAUAAUUUGUUUCACACACUUUUACUUUUUCUUUACAUCGUGAAGACUCAAGAUCAUGGUAUGCUUGGACGUGUUAAUCUGGGAAUGUCUGGUGUAAACGUUCUUUGGGUAAUUGAUGAUUGAUACAAUUAAUAUUGACGUACAACGUAUGAGCGAUCAUAUAUACAUAAAUACCAGUAAUUCAUCGUUGUGAUAAUGUACAUUACAUUGAAAAACUUCCAUUUUCAGGUUUAGUUUAGUUUUUGUAAGAUAUACUAAGUAUUUAUUUGUCUUUGAUCUAUUUUUGCUACAAGAGGUAAUAAAGCAAGGUUAAUGAUUUA